AUGUUUCUUCAAGCUAAUCGUGAAAGUAUUAUGAAUAUGGAUAUUGAUCAAGUAUAUGAUCUGACAAAACCAAUAGAUGAAAAAGCAGUAAUAACAUUAAAAAAAGGAUUGGUCGAAGAGUUGAAUUUGGAUAUAGACAGUAAACGAUCACUUAUCGACAACAUCAAACAUGCUCGUAUGUACUUGAAAUCAGAUCAUAAACUACAUAUUAGUAAAGAGUCAACCGUUGCAGAUCAUUGUACCAAGUACGCUUUGUCAUCUCCAACGGAUGAUGAUUUCGCUGAAAAAUGUGAUCACAAACAUAAUGAUCGGUGUAAUGAAUGUGAAAAUUUGGCAGCAACACUGGAAACGAUUGACAAUGAAAUAAAAACCUUGGUCGAUGAUCGUGAACUAUUUGACAUAGCCCUUGCUAAGCUGCGAAUGUCUAGUGAUGGAAUCGAUGCAUGGAAGGCACAUUUACUAAGAUCUGUCAACCAAGAAUUAGUAAAUAAUUUACAGGAUGAUACAGUGUUCGUCUAUAUGGACUGGGCGAUGAAAUGGUUGCCUGCAAAAUAUCGCGGAUCGCAGGAAAAGUUCUUUGGGAAGGAAAAUUAUGCCUGUAAAAAAUAUGCUUGUAAAAAAGAUCCGUAG